AUGAAGGCCAUCACCGUAUUCUUUGCACUCGCCGCCGCCAUCACAGCAUCUACUGUGUCCACUACGAAUGAAGGCGAAAAACUCGUAGCUCGUGAUGCGAACUGCGACUUCUGCUUCGAACGUUUCGACUUCUGUAUCGAGGUAAGAGGACAAAGAGCUUGA